UGUGGCUGCUGCGCGCGGGCGGCCCCGGCGCCACCGGGCUGCGGGGAGCGAGCGCCCGGCCGGGGCCCCGCCGCGCCAUGGCGCUGUACCGCACCGAGGAGCGCGGCCGGCCCUGCUCGCGGGACUACCGCGUCUUCUUCAAGAACGUGGCUGGGCACUACAUUUCCCCCUUUCACGACAUCCCUCUGAAGGUGGACUCUAAAGAGGAAAAUGGCAUUCCUUCGAAGAAGGCACGAAAUGAUGAAUAUGAGAAUUUGUUUAAUAUGGUUGUAGAAGUACCUCGGUGGACAAAUGCUAAAAUGGAGAUUGCCACCAGGGAGCCCCUGAAUCCCAUCAAGCAAGACGUGAAGGACGGGCGGCUGCGCUACGCGGCUAAUAUCUUCCCUCACAAGGGCUACAUCUGGAACUACGGUGCCCUGCCUCAGACUUGGGAAGAUCCCCAUGAAAAAGACAAGAGCACGAACUGCUGCGGAGAUAAUGAUCCCAUUGAUGUGUGUGAAAUAGGCUCUAAGGUUCUUUCUCGUGGCGAGGUUAUUCCUGUGAAGGUACUUGGAAUUCUGGGUCUUAUUGAUGAAGGUGAGACAGAUUGGAAAUUGAUCGCUAUCAACGCGAAUGAUCCGGAAGCGUCAAAAUUUCAUGAUAUCGGUGAUGUUAAGAAGUUCAAACCAGGCUACUUGGAAGCUACCCUUAACUGGUUUAGGGUUUAUAAGGUGCCAGAAGGAAAACCAGAAAACCAGUUUGCCUUUAAUGGAGAAUUCAAAAACAAGGCUUUUGCUCUUGAAAUUAUUAAAUCUACCCACGAGUGCUGGAAAGCAUUGCUUAUGAAGAAGUGCAAUGGAGGAGCUAUAAAUUGCACAAACGUGCAGGUGUGCGACAGCCCUUUCCACUGCACUCAGGACGAAGCGAGGUCCUUAGUGGAAUCGGUAUCGUUUUCACUGAAUAAAGAAAGUAAUGAAGAAGACUCAGAGCAAGCGUGGUACUUCCUCGGCAAGUGAUGGGGAUGUUGGAAAUUCUGCCGUCGAGACUCCAAACUCCACGGACUCCAGGACUCCCUUUCCGCUUCGUGCCAGAGACGGGCAGGUGGACGAGCAUUUGCUGGUGUCCUGUUAAAACUGCCUUUUUUUCCCACAUCUUUGGAGAUAUGCAAUAUAUAAAUAAAUACUAAAAUUUUCGAA